AUGACUCGACAUGAUACAUUCCACCCAGACAUUCGAUUUUUCUCAUCGACCUCGUGUCAAUGGAGAGCACCCUGGAGCAACCCAGUCGACCAGAUGGAAGGUAUGUCCCUUCGCAGCCCAAAGGUCCCCAACCGGACGAAAGCUUGGAUGAUGGAUCUCCGUAUGUAUAAGGGCGAAGUGAUCAUUCCCCGACAACCCGACGAAACGAACUCAGGUUCCAGGACCGACGGGUGGACGCGUCAUUCCGAUAACAUUUUCAUUCCAUCCAGCACCGUACAACGUGAGACAACGUGCGCCUCUCGCGGUCUCGCCUUCAAAAACGUUGAGAGGGAGCAUGUGCCAUUUGCACAAGAAUCUACUCUGGGUACACAUAGAAUAACCUAG